AUGCCGAAACAGCCCUCCACGGCCAUCGCUGGGAUACACUCUGAGCCACUGCUGUAUAAAGAGGACCUCGUCCGAAGUCAGCAUUCCACCAACAUGGCAGAUCUCAAUGCGGCUACAAUGAUGUCGCUGUCGGGACGAGUAGGUCUUGUUACAGGCGGAGGGACGGGAAUAGGCCUUAUCAUUGCCAAAGCCUUCGCUGCAAACGGAGCAAAGGUAUACAUCGUUGGGCGAAGGCUGAACGUGUUAGAGGAAGCCGCUGCGUCUGUUACAGGCCUCCCUGGAUCCAUUGUCCCACUUCAGAUGGACGUGACGGACGAAGAAAGUGUGAAGGCCGGUGUAGAGCACAUCAAAGGAAUCGACGGCAAGCUCGAUAUCCUCGUAAACAAUGCAGGCUUUGCCGCAUCCCUUCGAGACCCCGACCUUGUCGCCAAGAGGUCCGUCGCGACGGAUCCUCUCGAACUCGAGACAGUACAGAAUUGGAUGGAUAUCUUCGCGCUCAACACCAUCGCACCAUUCUUUGUCGUACGCGCCUUCCAAUCCUUGCUCAUCAAAGGAGCGCAUUCCCGCCCCCAAGGCACGUCAAGCGUCAUCAACAUCAGCAGUGUCUCGUCGAGGCUAAACACGAUGGCAUAUAUCACUUGCAUGGCGUAUUGUGCGACGAAAGUAGCCCUGGAGAAGCUUACCCUCCUUCUCGCGACAAGCUUUGCUCAGAGGAACAUCCCGAUUCGGGUGAACGCAGUGCAACCCGGCUCGUUUGCAUCGCAGAUUUUAAGUCCUGAAUUUAUUGAGACAAUCAAGACGAAGCCACCACCUGGGCUCGCAGCGCCGAUACCUGUGAGAAGACAAGGAACUGAGGCGGAGAUGGGGAUGACAGCAGUUUAUUUGGCUGUGUCGGACUACACGAACGGAGCGAUUUUGAGUAUUGAUGGUGGGGUAUCGUUGGUUAAUCCUUGA